CUUGGAUCUGGAGCUCAGCUGUCUGGAAAGAGGUCCCCCCAUUCUUGCUCAGACACUAGGCCUGUGAUGGAACCUGACUUGACUGAGGAAGAAUCUGAGAGGAUAAGGACCAGGAACAGGCAGUCACGCACGGAGCAUCGGCGCAGCUCCCUAUUGCCCCUUCAAUGGAAAAUGACACAUAGCUCCCGCUGGAUGGCCCAGGUGGUGGCCUCAGAGUUUAGCCUGGUGGCCUUCCUCCUGCUACUGCUUAUGGUCUUCUCCAAGAAAUGGUUGUACCCCUCUAAGAGCCGUUUCCAUCAGCGCUACCCCCAAAACAUCACCAAGAGAGUCUACACCUCCAUCCACAGUAUGUCCACAGGACUCCUGUACAUCUGCAUAGCUAAAAGCUGCCCCAGCUCAGACAAUGGGGAAGACAAUUUUAAGAUGUGGACAGUCCAUCCAGUUUUUGGGGUGGCUAAGAUAAGUUUCACCCUGGCCGUAGGGCUGGGUUUUAUCCUCACCACCUGGCUGCACCUGCCGUACCUGCCCUGCCUGCAGAAAAUGCCUUUCUUUGGCUUGAUUGGGAUCAUCCUGAGCUUCUGUGAAGUCACCUUAAUUUUCCUCACCCUCCUGUUGUUCCCUGUUAACCUCUGGAUCUACGAGCUGAAGAAGAAUAUAUCAGUUCCCAUCGGCUGGAGCUAUUUCGUUGGUUGGCUGGUGCUCAUCCUGUAUUUCACUUGUGGGACCCUUUGCUACCUCAACCAUAAAAACUUCUGGAGCCUAAUCAUGAGCAGCUCCUCCAUCAACACGCCUUGCGGCAGCUCAGACCCGGAGUCUCUGACGAGUACUUCACAGAUCUCCAGCAACCAGGAGAACAGCCUGGAGCCUGCUAAGGAUAACAAAAAACCAUUAAGUUCAGAUACAGCCGCUUUACCACCCCUCCCAGCCACCGCUGACUAGGACUGUCCUCAUCAUGGCAAAGGAUGAGCAAAGGAGGAUUUGGGAACCAGCUUUACAUUCCUCCUUCUCAACUUGGCCUUGUCUGUGGCUCAGGUGAUGUGGAAUAAAUUGCCCAUGUCUUCAUCCUGUCUGACGGUUGUCAAGGAGAACUAGAGGAGGGAGAGAAAGGGAGAAAAACAAAACCCGCUGUGUUUGGUUCCCAGCUCUUCCUGCCUGUGAACUUUUUGGAGCCCGACCGUCCCAGCAGCCUCUGCCGUAGUGCACCUGUGCAUAUGUAGGAAGGACUCCAUGGUACAGACACUUAACCUGUCACUCACGAGAUUCUGUGUUUUUGAUGUAACAGCACUGAAAACCAAAAAAAAAAAAAAAAAAGUAAAUUUAGCCGGGCUUUGGUGGCACAUACUUAUAAUGCCAGGAGGCUGAGGCAGGAGGAUGCCAGCCUGGGCUAUGUGAGACUAUGUCCUCAGAAACAAAAAUAAAAUACCAGCCAAACUACACAGAUGUAUCUGGCUGGAAAAUGACUGUAGGUUUUGCAGGAUCACAAACAUAUUUCUCUAGAGGGCUGGACAGACAACAUAGG